CGUCCUUGCAGCCAAGAGAGAGGCAGGAGGGCGGGGAGAAAAAGGAGAAGAGGCCCAGGUUUCUCUUCUUUUUGGGGCCCUUUCGCUUUUCCUUCCCAUCCUCCUCCGCCUUGGCCCCAGAGCCUUCUCUUAAGGGCCAUGAGCAGCAAACUGGUUGUCAGGACUGAAGAACUGCUUAGAAAAAAAGGUCAGAUCCAAAGAGGCAAGAAACAAGCCAGAAGUCAAGACCAAAAGUAACCAGGAGCCUCAGGACUUGCAACGGGGCUCAGGAAGACCUCAUAGUUCAAGCAAGGCUCAACUGUAACAAGAAGGCCUCUUAUAUUUCUCUCUGUCCAGAAGAUCCCACAAGCAACCUGAGCAGAUCUAACAGACUGAAGCUAAAGUUUGCUCAAAAUCAGCAUCUGAUGUGACCCUUCUUCUACACAUCUGCAGCGACUCAAACAUGAAUUUAGAAGGUGCAGCCUCUUACAAUCAUUGCAAUGGAAGAUCAGCCUGGUGGUGAUGCAGAAAUUAUACACCAAACAGCUACAACAGUCUGUCCACCAUCCUUUGUUAACCUGCUGAAAGUACACAGGGAACUGUUAGUUGGCAAAGUUCGUAAUACCCAAUGUUUGAUUGACAAUUUGCUCAAGAAUGAGUAUUUCUCAAUUGAAGAUGCAGAGAUUGCCGCACAAUAUCCAACCCAAGCUGACAAGGUUCGUAAAAUUUUGGAUCUAGCCCAGAGCAAAGGAGAAGAAGUUGCAGAAUAUUGCAUCUAUGUCCUGCAGCAAGUCGCUGAUGCUUACUACGAGCUGCAUCCAUGGCUGGAAGAGAUUGGAUUUCAUCCUUCAGAGGUCAUUGGUAAUAAACCUGUGGAAAAUACUGACCCAGUCAGCAGGUACCAUCAGAAACUUAAAGAUGAAUUGGGCCGAAAUACAAAGUUCAUUUUGUCAUAUGCCCAAAAGGAGGACAUGUUGCUUGAAGAAACUUAUUCUGCCAGUAUUAUGGAGUUUAUCAAACACAACAAUGAGAAACUUGGUGAUGUGAAUGUCCUGGAAGACCUGGUUAGUGAUAGUGUUGGCUUAAUUAAUGAAGAUGGAGAGACCAUCUUCAUCUUUGGGGAUGCAGGGAUUGGGAAGUCCAUGUUGUUGCAAAAGAUGCAAAACCUCUGGUCCAAGGGUGAAUUCAACAUUGGGGCUAAAUUCUUUUUCCGUUUCCGAUGCCGGACAUUCAGCUAUUUUAAGCAAGAUGAAGCUAUUUGCUUGAAAGACCUUUUAUUUAAAUACAAUUGUUUUCCUGACCAGGAUCCAGAAGAGGUCUUUGACUUUAUUGUGAAAUUCCCUCACACAGUUCUGUUUACCUUUGAUGGCUUUGACGAGAUCCAUUCUGACUUUGAUCUCAAUAGCAUUCCUGAGCUCUGCUCACCCAGUGAAUCCAUCCACCCACUUGCUCUGCUGGUGGGUCUUCUCACUGGGAAGCUUCUGAAGGGUUCCAGGAAAGUCCUGACAGCAAGAACAGGAACUGAGAUUGACAAAAACAUUAUCAGGAAGAAGGUGUAUCUCCGAGGGUUUUCCACCAGCAACUUGAAAGAGUAUACCAGAAUGUUCUUCAAAGAUGAAAGAUGUCAGACCUUGGUUCUCAACCAGCUGGAAGCAAACCCAAAUCUCUGCAGUUUAUGCUCAGUGCCUUUAUUUUGCUGGAUUAUUUUCAAAUGUUUUGACCAUUUUCACUCCACAUUUGACAGCCAUGAGCUCCAAGACAUCACAGUCACCUUAACGGACAUUUUCUUGCUCAUGACUGAGGUCCACUUGAACCGGACUCAGAAAACAAAUUUGCUGAAGAAAAACACAAGGAGCCAAGUGGAGACAUACAGGACCAACAAGAACAUUUUGUUUUCUCUGAGUAAAAUAGCACACAGGGGAAUGCAGAAGUCUUUCUUUGUCUUUGAACAAGAUGAAGUUCUCAUCGACCUCUCUGAGCAGGACUUACACUUGGGUUUCCUCAGGGCAAUUCCUGACUAUGGAAGCUGCAGUGAUCAAUCUUCUUAUGAAUUCCUACACAUGACCUUGCAAUCCUUUUUUACAGCUUUGUUCCUGGUCAUGGAGGAGAAAGUGGGUGCAAAGGAGUUGCUGCAUUUCUUUGCAGAAUGUUCUACUCUCGACACCUCUCUAUCCAAUUGCUUUCCAAUCACCUGGUUGAAAAAUCAUCGUUCGACAGGAGAGGAUCCUUUCCGGAACAAUGAGCACUUUCAUUUCACCAACCUCUUCCUUUGUGGCUUGCUUUCCAAGGCAAAGCACAAACUGAUGAGACAUCUGGUUCCAUCAGCCUGCAUUAAAAAGAAAAGGAGGGUGCUUCUUGCUUAUUUCUCAGAAAGCAUGAAGUUCCAUGUCAAGGGCCUCACCCGAGCAAGGCUGAAAGACUAUAAGCAGCUUCAAGUCAGGCCUAAUUUUGUGUGGAUGCUGAGGUGCAUCUACGAAACUCAGAGUGAAAAGGUUGGCAAAGGGAUUGUCAAGAACAUGCGGGCCAACUACCUUAAGCUGACCUACUGUAAUGCCUAUUCUGCUGACUGCACAGCUAUCUCCUUUGUCCUGCAUCAUUUCCAGAAGCACCUGGCCCUUGACUUGGACAACAACAACAUCAAUGAUUAUGGAAUAAAGCAGCUUCUUCCUUGUUUUAGGAAGCUGACAAUACUGCGGGUGAGCGUUAACCAAGUAACAGAUCAAGGAAUAAGAGUACUUUAUGAAGAAUUGUCCAAAUACAAAAUUGUGACUUAUUUGGGAUUGUAUAACAACCAAAUUACUGAUGUUGGAGCCAAAUACGUGGCAAGACUCAUUGAAGAAUGUCCAAGCCUCAUUUAUGUUAAAAUAGGAGCAAACAAUAUAACAACAGAAGGAGGGAAAAGUCUUGCUUAUGCUAUUCAAAAGAGUAAAACAAUGUAUGAAAUUGGAAUGUGGGGUAAUCAGAUUGGGGAUGAAGGAGCCAAGGCUUUUGCAGAAGCACUGAGGAAUCACUCCACCUUAACAAAUGUCAGUCUUGCAUUUAAUGGCAUCACCAGAGAAGGAGGAAAAUGCCUUGCAGAAGCUAUGAAACACAACAACACAGUGAACAUAUUUUGGCUCACAAAGAAUGACUUGGAUGACGAAGCAGCAGAGGGCUUUGGUGAAAUGCUAAAGGUCAACAAGAGAUUGGGGCAUCUAUGGCUUAUCCAGAAUCAGAUUACUGCUAGAGGAGCCAAAUGUCUAGCUGACGCUCUCCAGGACAAUACAUCUAUUAAAGAAAUCUGCUUGAACGGAAAUCCAAUAAACCAAGAGGAGGCGAAAGCCUUUGAAAAUGAAAAGAGGCUCAUUUACUUUUGAGAAACUUCUUUCCGGGUUGGAUGGUUGACAGAACGCCAAGGCUUAUUUCAGCAGCGUCUGGAGCCAGAACAACUCCCAAUAUCUGAAUGGGAUGUGCGUUUGACUACAGGGUGGUAUAAGUGUGCCUUUAUUGUGUGCUUGAACAAUACAAUCUCUUUUGCAUGCUGCUGUUACAUUUUGGAACACAAGUGCAAAAGAGAGCAUUGUCUUGGCCAUUAACCAUGUAUGUACUCUAAAGCUGAGGGAAUGACAUCAACCAGCAUGGAUCUUAAGCUUUUGCAAUCUUCUUUUUAAAAAACAACAACACUGGAACUAUUAAAAUUUUGUUUUAAAAAAUCUUGGGCCAAGGAAUUCACUCUGAGUUUACAAUAACUUUCACUAUGAAUUUACCAUAACUUGAUGGAUGUCACAUUUUUCCUCUCCGAAAUCAAUUUCUGGUUAUUUCUCUCCCCUUCCCCUUCCCCUUUCUCUAUUUCAACACUCUAGUUUGGGGGUGUUGCUUUGUUGUUGCCACAGUUUAAAAAUUUAGGAGCCAGACAUCCUUGCUUAUCUACUGGAAAUCACCUAGAGAUCCCAAAUUACCUUCCAGCCAUCUAAAGAUCAUGGAAACUUAAUUGGCGCAUCCAGCACAGUAUUAUUGUCAUUUCCCAGCUGCAAAUCUACAAGUUUCAGGUGGCCGUUUUCCUCUCCAGCACUACUUGGUGUUGCCUAGGACUGAACCUGGCACUUUAUGCAUGCAAAGCAAAUCCUGGGCUGCUGAGUUGUAGUCUUGAAUGAGCACACCACUUCUCUAUUCCUCUAUUAUGUACAUAGGUGUAAAUAUGUUGCUAUUUAACUUAUCUGCGGACCAGCCAGUUACAAUGGUUGGCUGAACAUUCACAAAGCAACAGUAGUGCUGCCUGCCUCUAGGCUUUGCUUAGAUGGGCACCAUCUGUUUCCAGUCUCUCUUGCCGUCAGCAGUGACACCUUGGUUUGAUUUGCACAGAGGGAAUAUGUCAACACUUGAUUUCUCUGAGAGCUCCUGUUGACAUUUGCAUUAGAUGGGGACAAAGUCUGAACUGGGAAGCAUUUGGUAGGGACACAUAGUGUUGUUGCUAUUUGAAAAUUGUGUGUUGAGUGGCUGGACUGAUACCAAAAAGUCUGCAAUUCUAGGCAUACAUAUGUGUAAAACACCUAGAUAAAAAUUUUGUAUGACAGUGAGGAUGAAGACUCAAGUACAUAAGAAAUGGGCUGCUUUAGAUAGGCCCUUUUGCAACACAUUAAAUGUGCUCUUGAUGCCUAGCUUUGUGGCUGCCAUGCUUGAGACUGCUGACUCAAAUGGGUGCCUUGUAUUUUUAUCUACUAUAGAGAAGUUCUAUCCUGCUAUGGCAGAUGUGCCUCUGUACUUGAUACACCUGUCCCAUUUUCCACAGGUUGGAAACAUGGCCAUUACACUGUUCUGUCAAGAAAGAUAAGACACAUGGAACUUCUUCCUGGUCCUGAGCUUCUAGUGCAGAGUUAGGUUGUGGGCUUCUAGAUGUUUUGGAUUUCAACUUGCAGAUGUCUCAGCCAGCAUAGCCAUUGCUAAUGGAUUUAAUGUAAAGUAUAAUAAAAAGUAUUCAUUUCUGAAAUCAAAGACCUGCUGAAACUCACAUGUUGGCUGAAAUCCAUAGGUUCCUGAGUUUACACUGGGGAGAGAAUCAGAAGACAAUACUCCUUAUAUAAA